AUGGUAAUGACCAAUGGCACAGUCUUUAUGCCAUCCAUACUGACACUGAUUGGGAUUCCUGGCUUGGAGUCUGUGCAGUGCUGGAUUGGGAUUCCAUUCUGUGGUAUCUAUGUAAUUGCCCUUAUUGGGAAUUAUGUCCUUCUGGUGAUCAUUAAAUCUGAGCAUACUCUCCAUAAGCCCAUGUACCUCUUUCUGGCCAUGUUGGGAAUCACUGAUAUUGCUCUUAGCACUUGCAUCCUUCCCAAGAUGUUGGGUGUCUUUUGGUUUCAUAUGCAGGAGAUCCAAUUUGAUGUAUGUCUACUUCAGAUGUGGUUAAUUCACACAUUCCAGUGCAUAGAGUCUGGCAUCCUCUUGGCCAUGGCUGUGGACCGCUAUGUAGCCAUCUGUGACCCUCUGAGACAUGCCACCAUAUUCACCUCUCAACUCCUUACUCAGAUAGGAAUUGGGGUCACUCUAAGAGCGGGUAUCCUCAUGGCCCCAUGCCUUUUGCUCAUCAAAUGUCGACUAAAAUAUUACCAAACCACUGUCAUCUCUCAUUCAUACUGUGAACAUAUGGCCAUUGUGAAGCUAGCUGCUGGGGACAUUCAAGUUAAUAAGGCUUAUGGUCUUUUUGUGGCUUUUUCCAUCCUGGGAUUUGAUCUCAUCUUGAUUCUUUUAUCCUAUAUCCGGAUCUUUAUUGCAGUCUUCCAUCUGCCCCAGAAGGAGGCUCGACUCAAGGCCUUCAAUACUUGCAUUGCCCACAUUUUUGUCUUUUUGGAGUUCUACAUUCUUGCCUUCUUCUCCUUUUUUACUCAUAGGUUUGGGUUCCAUAUUCCUCCCUAUGUUCACAUCCUUCUCUCUAACCUCUAUCUCCUAGUUCCACCUCUUCUUAAUCCUAUUGUUUAUGGAGUAAAGACAAAGGAAAUUAGGGAUCAGGUAAUGAAACUCAUCACUUUCAAGAACCCAGACUAA